AUGUCUCUCCGCUCAACCUUCUCUCUUCACGAGGACGACGACGACACGGUACGUCUACGCUAAUGAUACUUCAAUGCUAAAGAGGCUAACAAUUCUUCAACAUUAAAUAUGCUCAUAUUUUGGCAUCGAUAGUGUUGAGUUAUUUCGACGCUAACGAUACCUCAAUGCUAUCGACGCUAACGAUACCUCAAUGCUAUCGACGCUAAUGAUACCUCAAUGCUAUCGACGCUAAUGAUACCUCAACGCUAUCGACGCUAAUGAUACCCCAAUGCUAUUGACGCUAAUGAUAACGCAAUGCUAGCAAUGCUAAUGGUAACUCAAUGCUAACGAUAUCUGAACGCUAACGAUACCUCAAUGCUAACCUGCUAAUAUUCCUCAAUGCUAACCAUGCUAAUGUGGACUCAAUGCUAACUAUGCUAAUUAUGUGUUUGUGUGUGUGUAGGAGCCCCUGGUGUUUGCAGAGCAGCCGUCAGUGAAGCUGUGUUGCCAGCUCUGCUGCAGCGUCUUCAAAGAUCCUGUCAUCACCACCUGUGGGGUGAGAUAAACUAUCCUCUCACUUCCUCAUUCCAGCGAGGGGAAAACCAUGAAACAUUAUUAUAUGGUUGAAAUCAAUCAGUCACUCAUUGACCUGGUCUCGGUCUCUCCCUCCAGCACACCUUCUGCAGACGAUGUGCCUUGACCUCUGGUAGGGGACUUUACCUAGCUACACUGUUGGUCAAAUACUUACACCUUGCCAGCAGCACAUAUAAUGUGAAAGCAAAUUUGUUGUUACAUUUGUUUGUGUCUCUCUCCCGCUCUCCCUUCCUCUCUCUCUCUCUCUCUCUCUCUCUCCUCUCUCUCUCUCUCUCUCUCUCUCUCUCCUCUCUCUCUCUCUCUCUCUCUCUCUCUCUCCUCUCUCUCUCUCUCUCUCUCUCUCCUCUCUCUCUCUCUUCUUUCCAUCUUCCCCUCUCUCUCUUUCCAUCUCUCUCUCUCUGUCUCUCUCCCUUUCCAUCUCUCUCUCUCCAUCUUCCCCUCUCUCUCUUUCCAUCUCUCUCUCUCUCUCCUCUAGAUAAGUGUCCGGUGGACACAGCUAAGCUGACGGUGGUGGUGAAUAACAUAGCGGUAGCAGAACAGAUAGGAGAGCUGUUCAUCCACUGUAAAUACGGCUGCCGGCCCUUAAACACCAGCCCCACGACCCCUACUGUCGCUGGGGCUAACGGGGCUGCUGGUGGGGCUGCUGCUAGUGGGGGUGGUGGGGGGACCCCUAAGAUGGGAGGACCUGGGAACUUUGAGGUGGAUCCGAUGGGCUGCCCCUUCACCAUCAAGCUCACCACACGCAAGUAAGGGCUUGUAAUGGAAAUAUUACGUUGUUUUUAAUGAGUCGUUGUGCUGUUGUGAUUUUUUAAAGGGACAGUUCACUCUAAAAAUCCAAAGUUUGUCAGAUGUUGUCAGACCUCCAAAAGGGGGGUCUGAUGCAGAGAUGAGUCUGCAGCCAACCUGAAUAUAGAUGGUCCCAGUCUUUCCCAGUCGUUUAUGGUUUAGCCGUGAAAAUGAUUGAUUUUGGUCGUGAACUGUCCCUUUAAUAGUUAGAAGUUGGAGUGAACUGUCCCUUUAAUAGGUAGACGUUGGAGUGAACUGUCCCUUUAAUAGGUAGACGUUGGAGUGAACUGUCCCUUUAAUAGGUAGACGUUGGAGUGAACUGUCCCCUUUAAUAGGUAGACGUUGGAGUGAACUGUCCCUUUAAUAGGUAGACGUUGGAGUGAACUGUCCCUUUAAUAGUUAGACGUUGGAGUGAACUGUCCCUUUAAUAGGUAGACGUUGGAGUGAACUGUCCCUUUAAUAGGUAGACGUUGGAGUGAACUGUCCCUUUAAUAGGUAGAGGUUGGAGUGAACUGUCCCUUUAAUAGUUAGACGUUGGAGUGAACUGUCCCUUUAAUAGGUAGACGUUGGAGUGAACUGUCCCUUUAAUAGUUAGACGUUGGAGUGAACUGUCCCUUUAAUAGGUAGACGUUGGAGUGAACUGUCCCUUUAAUAGGUAGAGGUUGGAGUGAACUGUCCCUUUAAUAGUUAGACGUUGGAGUGAACUGUCCCUUUAAUAGUUAGACGUUGGAGUGAACUGUCCCUUUAAUAGUUAGACGUUGGAGUGAACUGUCCCUUUAAUAGUUAGACGUUGGAGUGAACUGUCCCUUUAAUAGGUAGACGUUGGAGUGAACUGUCCCCUUUAAUAGGUAGACGUUGGAGUGAACUGUCCCUUUAAUAGGUAGACGUUGGAGUGAACUGUCCCUUUAAUAGGUAGACGUUGGAGUGAACUGUCCCUUUAAUAGUUAGACGUUGGAGUGAACUGUCCCUUUAAUAGGUAGACGUUGGAGUGAACUGUCCCUUUAAUAGGUAGACGUUGGAGUGAACUGUCCCUUUUAAUAGGUAGACGUUGGAGUGAACUGUCCCUUUUAAUAGGUAGACGUUGGAGUGAACUGUCCCUUUAAUAGGUAGACGUUGGAGUGAACUGUCCCUUUAAUAGGUAGACUUUGGAGUGAACUGUCCCUUUAAUAGGUAGACGUUGGAGUGAACUGUCCCCUUUAAUAGUUAGACGUUGGAGUGAACUGUCCCUUUAAUAGGUAGACGUUGGAGUGAACUGUCCCUUUAAUAGGUAGACGUUGGAGUGAACUGUCCCUUUAAUAGGUAGACGUUGGAGUGAACUGUCCCUUUAAUAGGUAGACGUUGGAGUGAACUGUCCCCUUAAUAGUUAGACGUUGGAGUGAACUGUCCCCUUAAUAGUUAGACGUUGGAGUGAACUGUCCCCUUUAAUAGGUAGACGUUGGAGUGAACUGUCCCUUUAAUAGUUAGACGUUGGAGUGAACUGUCCCUUUAAUAGGUAGACGUUGGAGUGAACUGUCCCUUUAAUAGGUAGACGUUGGAGUGAACUGUCCCUUUAAUAGGUAGACGUUGGAGUGAACUGUCCCUUUAAUAGUUAGACGUUGGAGUGAACUGUCCCCUUUAAUAGGUAGACGUUGGAGUGAACUGUCCCUUUAAUAGGUAGACGUUGGAGUGAACUGUCCCUUUAAUAGUUAGACGUUGGAGUGAACUGUCCCUUUAAGACGUUGGAGUGAACUGUCCCUUUUUUAAUGUGACCUCUGACCUGUAGGGAGCACGAGGUGAGCUGUGACUACCGUCCAGUUCGCUGUCCCAACAACCCCUCCUGCCCCCCUCUGCUCAGCAUGAACCUGGAGGGACACCUUAAGGCGUGUGAACACAUCAAAUGCCCCCACUCCAAAUACGGGUAGGUCACUCACACACACACACACACACACACACACACACACACACACACACACACACCAGGGUUUGGCGCCGGACAAAUGUGACCGGCAAGAUUUUUUAAUUUACCUGACGUCCGUAUGCAUUUCAAAUCAAAUCAAAUGUAUUGGUCUCGUGUUUAGCAGAUGUUGUUGUUGCAAUAUCUAGCAAGUAAUAUCUAACAGUUACACAACAAAUACCCAAUACACACAAAAACUAGUAAGGAAUGGAAUUGAUGAAUGAAUAUGAAUAUAUAUAUAUAUAUAUAUAUAUAUAUAUAUAUAUAUAUAUAUAUAUAUAUAUGGACAAGCAAUGACAGAGUGACAUGGACUAAGAUACAGUACAAUAUUAUAGAAUACAGUAUAUACAUAUGAGAUGGGUAAUGCAAGAUAUGUAAACAUUAUUAAGAUAUAUAGCUCCUGAGUGGCGCAGUGGUCUAAGGCACUGCAUCGCAGUGCUAACUGUGCCACUAGAGAUCCUGGUUCGAAUCCAGGCUCUGUCGCAGCCGGCCGUGACCGGGAGACUCAUGGGCGGCGCACAAUUGGCCCAGCGUCGUCCAGGGUAAGGGAGGGAAUGGCCGGCAGGGAUGUAGCUCAGUUGAUAGAGCAUGGCGUUUGCAACGCCAGGGUUGUGGGUUCGAUUCCCACGGGGGGCCAGUAUAAAAAAAAAAGAAAAAAAAAAAAAAAAAAAGAUAUGUAUUCACUAACUGUAAGUCGCUCUGGAUAAGAGCGUCUGCUAAAUGACUUAAAAUGUAAAAAAUGUAAAUAUUAUAGAAUACAGUAUAUAUAUUAAAGUGUUCCAUUUAUUAAAGUCUGUAUGUAGGCAGCAGCCUCUCUGUGCUAGUGAUGGCUGUUUAACAGUCUGAUGGCCUUGAGAUAGAAGCUGUUUUUCAGUCUCUCGGUCCCAGCUUUGAUGAACCUGUACUUACCUCGCCUUCUGGAUGGUAGCGGGGUGAACAGGAAGUGGUUGUUGUUCUUGAUUAUCUUUUUGGCCUUCCUGUAUUUUCUACAUUGUAGAAUAAUAGUGAAGACAUCAAAACUAUGAAAUAACACAUAUGGAAUCAUGUAGUAACCAAAUAAGUGUUAAACAAAUCAAAAUAUAUUUUAUACUUGAGAUUCUUCAAAUAGCCACCCUUUGCCUUGAUGACAGCUUUGCACACUCUUGGCAUUCUCUCAACCAGCUUCAUGUGGUAGUCACCUGGAAUGCAUUUCAAUUAACAGGUGUGCCUUGUUAAUUUGUGGAAUUUCUUUCCUCCUUAAUGCGUUUGAGCCAAUCAGUUGUGUUGUGACAAGGUAGGGGGGGUAUACAGAAGAUAGCCCUAUUUGGUAAAAGACCAAGUCCAUAUUAUGGCAAGAACAGCUCAAAUAAGCAAAGAGAAACGACAGUCCAUCAUUACUUUAAGACAUGAAGGUCAGUCAAUUCGGAAAAUUUCAAGAACUUUGAACGUUUCUUCAAGUGGUCCUCUGUAGCUCAGCUGGUAGAUCAUGGCGCUUGUAACGCCAGGGGUAGUGGGUUCGAUCCCCGGGACCACCCAUACGUAAAAAUGUAUGCACACAUGACUGUUAGUCGCUUUGGAUAAAAGCGUCUGCUAAAUGGCAUAUUAUUAUAUUAUAAGUGCAGUCGCAAAAACCAUCAAGCUCUAUGAUGAAACUGGCUCUCAUGAGGACCGCCACAGGGAAGGAAGACCCAGAGUUACCUCUGCUGCAGAGGAUAAGUUCAUUAGAGUUACCAGCCUCAGAAAUUGCAGCCCAAAUAAAUGCUUCAGAGUUCAAGUAACGGACACAUCUCAACAUCAACUGUUCAGAGGAGACUGUGUGAAUCAGACCUUCAUGGUUGAAUUGCUGCAAAGAAACCACUACUAAAGGACACCAAUAAGAAGAAGAGACUUGCGUGGGCCAAGAAACACGAGCAAUGGACAUUAGACCGGUGGAAAUCUGUCCUUUGGUCUGAUGAGUCCAAAUUUGAGACAUUUGGUUCCAUCCGCCGUGUCUUUGUGAGACAUAGAGUUGGUGAACGGAUGAUCUCCGCAUGUGUGGUUCCCACCAUGAUGAAUAGAGGAGGUGGUGUUAUGGUGUGGGGGUGCUUUGCUGGUGACACUGUCAGUGAUUUAUUUAGAGUUCAAGGCACACUUAACCAGCAUGGCUACCACAGCAUUCUGCAGCGAUACGCCAUCCCAUCUGGUUUGGGUUUAGUGGGACUAUCAUUUGUUUUCCAACAGGACAAUGACUCAACACACCUCCAGGCUGUGUAAGGGCUAUUUGACCAAGAAGGAGAGUGAUGGAGUGCUGCCAGAUGAUAUGGCCUCCAAAAUCACCCGACCUCAACCCAAUUGAGAUGGUUUGGGAUGAGUUGGACCGCAGAGUGAAGGAAAAGCAGUCAUCAAGUGCUCAGCGUAUGUGGGAACUCCAAGACUGUUGGAAAAGCAUUCCAGGUGAAGCUGGUUGAGAGAAUACCAAGAGUGUGCAGAGAAUUGAAUGUUCAUUUCUCUACCAUAAGCCGCCUCCAAGGCGUCCAACUUGCCUCACAACCACAGCAGCCCAUGUGUAACCACGCCAGCCCACGUGUAACCACGCCAGCCCCAGGACCUACACAUUCGGCUUCUUCACCUGUGGGAUCGUCUGAGGGUGGGUGGGUGGGGGGGUGUGGUGAGGAGUAUUUCUGUCCUUAAUACAGCCCUUUUUGUGGGGAAAAACUCAUUCUGAUUGGCUGGGCCUGGCUCCCCAGUGGGUGGGGAAAUCCAGUCAUGUGAAAUCCAUAGAUUAGUGCCUCAUUUAUUUAUUUAAAUUGACCGAUUUUCCUUAUGAACUGUAACUCAGUAAAAAAAAUAUAAAAAAUUGUUGCGUUUUUAUAUUUUUGUUCAGUAUACAUGUAUGUACAUACAUACAGUGCCUUCAGAAAGUAUUCACACCCCUUGACUUAUUCCACAUUUUGUUACAGCUGUAUAAACGCACCCCCUCUCUCUCCUCCUCCUCCUCCCCCCCAGCUGUACAUUUAUAGGUAACCAGGAUACGUAUGCAACGCAUCUGGACCUGUGUAAGUUUGAAGGGCUGAAGGAGUUCCUUCAACAGACAGAUGACAGGUACACACUCUCUUUAUAUAACUGUUUUACACAUCUCUACCCUCCUCUUUAUAUAACUGUUUUACCCAUCUCUACCCUCUCUAUAUAUAACUGUUUCACACAUCUCUACCCUCUCUUUAUAUAACUGUUUUACACAUCUCUACACUCUCUUUAUAUAACUGUUUUACACAUCUCUACCUCUCCGCUUUAUAUAAACUGUUUUACACAUCUCGACACUCUCUUUAUAUAACUUUUUUAACACAUCUCUACCCGCUCUUUAUAUAACUGUUUUACACACGCUCAUAACCCUCUCUUUAUAUAACUGGUUUUAAACACAUCUCUACCCUCUCUUUAUAAAUUUUGUAGGUUUUACACAUCUCUACGCUCUCUUUAUAUAACGUUUUUAACACAUAUCUACCCUCUCAUUUAUAUAAACUGUUUUACACAUCUCUACCCUCUCUUUAUAUAAUGGUUUACACAUACUAUACCCUCUCUUUAUCAUAACUGUUUUACACAUCUCUACCCUCUAUUUAUAUAAACUGUUUUACUUACACAUCUCUACACCCUCUUUAUAUAACUGUUUUUACACCCUACCUCUUCUUUAUAUAACUGUUUUACCACAUCUCUACACUCUCUUUAUAUAACUGUUUUACACAUCUCUACCCUCUCUUUAUAUAACUGUUUUACACAUCUCUACCCUCUCUUUAUAUAACUGUUUUACACAUCUCUACCCUCUCUUUAUAUAACUGUUUUACACAUCUCUACCCUCUCUUUAUAUAACUGUUUUACACAUCUCUACCCUCUCUUUAUAUAACUGUUUUUACACAUCUCUACCCCUCUAUAUAUAAACCUGUUUUACACAUCUCUAACCCUCUCUUUAUAUAACUGUUUUACACAUCGUCCAUAUAUCCUACACUCUCUUUAUAUAACGGUUUUACACAUCUCUACACUCUCUUUAUAUAACUGUUUUUACACAUCUCUACCCUCUCUUUAUAUAACUGUUUUACACAUCUCUACCCCUCUUUAUAUAAACUGUUUUACAACACUCUCUAACCCUCUCUUUAUAUAACUGUUUUACACAUCUCUACCCUCUCUUUAUAUACUGUUUUACACCAAUCUCUACACUCAUCUUUAAUCUAACUGUUUUUACACAUCUCUACACUCUCUUUCUAAUAACUGGUUUAACACAUCUCUACCCUCUCUUUGAUAUAAACUGUUUUAACACAUACUCUACCUCUCUUUAUAUAAAUGUUUUACACAUCUCUACCCUCUCUUUAUAUAACGUUUUACACAUCUCUACCCUCUCUUUAUAUAACUGUUUUACACAUCUCUACUCUCUCUUUAUAUAACUGUUUUACACAUCUCUACUCUCUCUUUAUAUAACUGUUUUACACAUCUCUACCCUCUUUUAUAUAACUGUUUUACACAUCUCUACCCUCUCGUUUUAUAACUGUUGUUACCACAUCUACCCUCUCUUAUAUAACUGUUUUACCAUCUCUACCCUCUCUUUAUAUAACGGUUUUACACAUUAUAUAUAGCUUACUGUGAUGUGAUGGCAGCUUCAUUGAUUGAUGAUAUACAGUGCAUUCGGGAAAAUAUUCAGACUUUUUCCACAAUUUGUUACGUUACAGCCUUAUUCUAAAAUGGAUUAAAUUCAUUUUUUCCUCAUCAAUCAACACACAAUACCUCAUAUUGACAAAGCAAAAACAGGUUUUUAGAAAUGUUUGCAAAUUUAUUAAAAAUAAACGGAAAUAUCACAUUUUACAUACGUUUUCAAACCCUUUACUCAGUACUUUGUUGAAGCACCUUUGGCAGCGAUUACAGCCUUGAGUCUUCUUGGGGUAUGACGCUACAAGCUUGGCACACCUGUAUUUGGGGAGUUUCUCCCAUUCUUCUCUGCAGAUCCUCUCAAGCUCUGUCAGGUUGGAUGGGGAGCGUUGCUACACAGCUAUUUUCAGGUCUCUCCAGAGAUGUUCGAUCGGGUUCAAGUCCAGGCUCUGGCUGGGCCACUCAAGGACAUUCAGAGACUUGUCCCAAAGCCACUCCUGCGUUGUCCUGCCCAGUCUGAGGUCCUGAGCGCUCUGGAGCACGUUUUCAUCAAGGAUCUCUCUGUACUUUGCUCCGUUCAUCUUUCCCUCGAUCCUGACUAGUCUCCCUGUCCCUGCCGCUGGAAAACAUCCCCACAGCUUGAUGCUGCCACCAUCAUGCUUCACCGUAGGGAUGGUGCCAGGUUUCCUCCAGACGUGACGCUUGGCAUUCAGGCCAAAGAGUUCAAUCUUGGUUUCAUCAGGUCUGAGAGUCUUUAGGUGCCUUUUGGCAAACUCCAAGAGGGCUGUCAUGUGCCUUUUACUGAGGAGUGGCUUCCGUCUGGCCACUCUACCAUAAAGGCCUGAUUGGUGGAGUACUGCAGAGAUGGUUGUCCUUCUGGAAGGUUCUCCGAUCUCCACAGAGUUACUCUGGAGCUCUGUCAGAGUGACCAUCGGGUUCUUGGUCACCUCCCUGACCAAGGCCCUUCUCCCCUGAUUGCUCAGUUUGGCCGGGCGGCCAGUUCUAGGAAGAGUCUUGGUGGUUCCAAACUUCUUCCAUUUAAGAAUGAUGGAGGCCACUGUGUUCUUGGGGACCUUCAAUGCUGGAGACAUUUUUUUGGUACCCUUCCCCAGAUCUGUGCCUCGACACAAUCCUGUCUCGGAGCUCUACGACAAUUCCUUCGACCUCAUGGCUUGGUUUUUGCUCUGACAUGCACUGUCAACUGUGGGACCUUUAUAUAGACAGGUGUGUGCCUUUCCAAAUCAUGUCCAAUCAAUUGAAUUUACCACAGGUGGACUCCAAUCAAGUUGUAGAAACAUCUCAAGGAUGAUCAAUGGAAACAGGAUGCACCUGAGCUCGAUUUCAAGUCUCAUAGCAAAGGGUCUGAAUACUAAGGUGUUUCUGUUAAUUUUUUAUUUUUAUAAAUUCGCAAAAUAAAUUAAGACGUUUUUGCUUUGUCAUUAUGGGGUAUUGUGUGUAGAUUGAAUUUAAUCCGUUUUUGAAUAAGGCAUAACUAAAUGUGGAAAAAGUCAAUGGGUCUGAAUACUUUCCGAAUGCACUGCACAGCAUAUUCUAAAGCUUGCUGUGAUUUGUUGUGAUGCUGAGUUCCAUGAGAUGCAGUUGACCCUCCCUCCCUCCCCCCUGAUAGGUUCCAUGAGAUGCAGUUGACCCUCCCUCCCUCCCCCCUGAUAGGUUCCAUGAGAUGCAGUUGACCCUCCCUCCUGAUAGGUUCCAUGAGAUGCAGUUGACCCUCCCUCCCUCCCCCCUGAUAGGUUCCAUGAGAUGCAGUUGACCCUCCCUCCCUCCCCCUGAUAGGUUCCAUGAGAUGCAGUUGACCCUCCCUCCCUCCCUGAUAGGUUCCAUGAGAUGCAGUUGACCCUCCCUCCCCCCUGAUAGGUUCCAUGAAUGCAGUUGACCCUCCCUCCCUCCCUCCCUGAUAGGUUCCAUGAGAUGCAGUUGACCCUCCCUCCCUCCCCCCUGAUAGGUUUCCAUGAGAUGCAUUGACCCUCCCCCCCCCCCCCCCCCCCCCCCUGAUAGGUUCCAUGAGAUGCAGUUGACCCUCCUCCUCCCUCCCUGAUAGGUUCCAUGAGAUGCAGUUGACCCUCCCUCCCUCCCCCCUGAUAGGUUCCAUGAGAUGCAGUUGACCCUCCCUCCCUCCCCCCUGAUAGGUUCCAUGAGAUGCAGUUGACCCCCCCCCCCCCCCCCCCUGAUAGGUUCCAUGAGAUGCAGUUGGACCCUCCCUCCCUCCCCCCCCUGAUAGGUUCCAUGAGAUGCAGUUGACCCCCUCCUCCUCCCCCCUGAUAGGUUCCCAUGAGAUGCAGUUUGACCCUCCCUUCCCUCCCCCCUGAUAGGUUCCCUGAGAUGCAGUUGACCCUCCCUCCCUCCCCCCUGAUAGGUUCCCUGAGAUGCAGUUGACCCUCCCUCCCUCCCCUCCCUGAUAGGUUCCAUGAGAUGCAGUUGACCCUCCCUCCCUCCCCCCUGAUAGGUUCCAUGAGAUGCAGUUGACCCUCCCUCCCUCCCCCCCUGAUAGGUUCCAUGAGAUGCAGUUUGACCCUCCCUCCCUCCCCCCCUGAUAGGUUCCAUGAGAUGCAGUUGACCCUCCCUCCCUCCCCCUGAUAGGUUCCAUGAGAUGCAGUUGACCCUCCCUCCCUCCCCCCCCCUGAUAGGUUCCCUGAGAUGCAGUUGACCCUCCCUCCCUCCCCCCUGAUAGGUUCCAUGAGAUGCAGUUGACCCUCCCUCCCUCCCUCCCUCCUGAUAGGUUCCAUGAGAUGCAGUUGACCCUGACCCAGAAGGACCAGGACAUAGCCUUCCUCAGGUCCAUGCUGGGGAAACUGUCUGAGAAACUAGACCAACUGGAGAAGAACCUGGAACUGAAGUUUGGUAUGACAGAGGGGGUUGGGUGGGGGGGGCGUUGUCUUUGUGUGUGUGUGUGUGUGUGUGUGUGUGUGUGUGUGUGUGUGUGUGUGUCAAAUCAACGUUUAUUGGUCACAUGCACAGGAUACAGGGUGUAAAUGAUCCAGUGAAAUGCUUCCUUGCAAGCUCUCCUCAACAGUGCAGUAGAUGUCUAUUAAAAACUAUUCACAAAUAAACCAAUAGAAAGUAGUGAAAAUUGCGAUGUUGGAAAUAUACAGUAUAUAAACGUUCUGUACAAAUACAGGGGAUAAAUGCAAAAUAAACUAUUAGAAACAAUAAUUGAAAUGGUCCAAAUACUGCGGGUUUUGGGGACCUGUUAUUCCCUGGUGUGCCCGGGGCACCUGGUGGUGUGUUUGACCUGGUGUGUGGUGUUUACCUGGUGUGGUGUGUGUUGUGCCUGUUGUGUUUGGGGUUUGACCUGGUGUGUGGGGUGUGUGGUGUGUGGUGUUUGACCUGGUGUGUGUUUGACUGGUUGUGUGUUUGACCUGGUGUUGUGGGUUGGAGGUGGUGUGUGUUGAUGGUUGGUGGGGUUGACCUGGUGGUGUGUGUUUUGACCUGGUGUGUGUGUUUUGACUGGUGUGUGUGUGACCUGGUGUGUGUGUGUUUUGACCUGGUGUGUGUGUCUGACCUGGUGUGGUGUGUUUGACCUGGUGUGUGUUUUGACCUGGUGUGUGUGUGAGGUGUGUGUGUUUGCUGUGUGUGUUUGACCUGGUGUGGUUUGUUGACCGGGUUGUGUGUGUGUGUUGUUUUGACCUGGUGUGUUGUUUGACCUUUUUUGUGUGGGGUGUGUUUUGACCUGGUGUGUGUGUUUUUGACCUGGUGUGUGUGUGUUUGACCUUUGGUGUUGUGGUGUUUUCUGCCCUUUGUGUGUGUGUUUUGACCUGGUGUGUGUGUUUUGACCUGGUGUGUGGUUUGGGUUUGUGUUUGUGGUGUUUUGGCCCUUGGUUUUGUGUUUGAUGGAUGAACCGGUGGUGGACCGGGUGGUUUUUCCGGGGUGGCCUUGUUUUUCCCCGUGUUUGUCCUGUUUUGUUGUCCCCUGGUUCUGUUGUUUUUGCCUUUGGGGGUUGUUUCCGGGUUGGUUUAACCUCCUCCCGUGUUCCGUUGUUUUUUGAGCCCCAUCCCAACGUAAGCCUGUUAUUUUUAUCCCUCCAUGCUCAACGUCAGUCUCUGUCUGUUUAUGCCUCCAUGCUCAACUUCAGUCUCUGUCUUUUUUAUGCCUCCAUGCUCAACGUCAGUCUCUGUCUUUUUUAUGCCUCCAUGCUAAAAGUCAGUCCUCUGUCUGUUUAUGCCUCCAUGCUCAACGUCAGUCUCUGUCUGUUUAUGCCUCCAUGCUCAACGUCAGUCUCUGUCUGUUUAUGCCUCCAUGCUCAACGUCAGUCUCUGUCUGUUUAUGCCUCCAUGCUCAACGUCAGUCUCUGUCUGUUUAUGCCUCCAUGCUCAACGUCAGUCUCUGUCUUUUUAAAUUCCCUCCAUGCUCAACGUCAUCUCUGUUGUUUUUUGCCUCCAUGCUCAACGUCAGUCUCUGUCUGUUUAUGCUGGAUAUUAGACUUGGAUGCUAGUCACAGAAAGUCAAUUGUUCAUUAACAUUUCUCUCUGUCUCUCUCUCAGGAUGAGUUGUCCCACAUCAACGCCAGACUCAACAUGGGCAUCCUGGGCUGUGAUUUUUUCCUUCCUUUCUCCUCCCCUCCUCGCCUUCCUCAUUUCUUCCCCCCCCCUUCCUCCCCUCCUCUCUUCUCCUCUUUCUCUCUCCCUCCUUCCUCUCCUCUCCUCUCCUCUCCUCUCCUCUCCUCUCCUCUCCUCUCCUCUCCUCUCCUCUCCUUCUCCUCUCUUCUCCUCUCUUCUCCUCUCCCCUCCCCUCCCCUCCUCUCCCUCUUCCUCUUCCUCUGUAUAACUAACCUCCCUGUGUGUGUCCCCCCCUCCAGCCUAUGAUCCCCAGCAGAUCUUUAAAUGUAAGGGAACGUUCGUGGGUCACCAGGGGCCAGUCUGGUGUCUGUGUGUCUAUUCUACAGGAGACCUGCUCUUCUCUGGAUCCUCGGACAAAACCAUCAAGGUACAUAACGCACACGUUGCUCACACACACACACCAGCAUGGACACACAUACACACACACACACACACACAUACAUACACACACACACACGCCAUGCGCACCCACCAACGCACGCACGUACACACAAUCACACACACCUAUACUCUUCUCUCACACCAGGGUUCACGAGGUGCUUGAAUUUGGCACUCUGAAAUUCAACUUCUGGAAUACUUUGGAAAUCACACAUUUUUUUCGAGUUUGGUACUUGAAUUAAAAAUGAGAGGAGAAAAGAAAAGGAUCUAAAAAUAUUAGAAAAAAAUGUAUUGGUCUUCCGAAUUAAUUUCCAGGCAGACUUGCAGAGUUUUAUUUCCUCACGUGUUUCACGACUCUGGUUGCCCGGGCGAGCUCGCUCAUUUCCAACCACAAUGGCGCUCAUCCAGGAAAGGACAGAACUGACUGAUUUUAGUUGCAGCCGAACGUCACAUCGAUGGCUAAAAUGCCGGGCUAAUGUAGAUUCAGUGCUGCCUGGCAGGAUAUUGAUGUUUCUGAAUGGGUUUAGCCAGACCCAACCAGGGAUGUAGAGGAAACACCGUUUACGCACCUUUUUAUUUGUGAAAUAGCGUUUAUUUCACUUUUUUUUUUUUUUUGUUAAUGAUUGUUUACCCACUUAUUGCGUUCCCAGCAUUGAUCAACGCUCAGAAGGCUUCUUGAUCUGAGUUCUAAUCAUUGAUCAACGCUCAGAAGGCUUCUUGAUCGGAGUUCUAAUCGUUGAUCAACGCUCAGAAGGCUUCUUGAUCGGAGUUCUAAUCGUUGAUCAACGCUCAGAAGGCUUCUUGAUCGGAGUUCUAAUCGUUGAUCAACGCUCAGAAGGCUUCUUGAUCUGAGUUCUAAUCGUUGAUCAACGCUCAGAAGGCUUCUUGAUCGGAGCUCUAAUCGUUUGAUCAACGCUCAGAAGGCUUCUUGAUCGGAGUUCUAAUCGUUGAUCAACGCUCAGAAGGCUUCUUGAUCGGAGUUCUAAUCGUUGAUCAACGCUCAGAAGGCUUCUUGAUCGGAGUUCUAAUCGUUGAUCAACGCUCAGAAGGCUUCUUGAUCGGAGUUCUAAUCGUUGAUCAACGCUCAGAAGGCUUCUUGAUCGGAGUUCUAAUCGUUGAUCAACGCUCAGAAGGCUUCUUGAUCGGAGUUCUAAUCGUGCCUACCUCUGUGAAUGAGUGGAAUCAUGAAUGAUUCACGUGUGCUCGUUAUGUUCGCCUGCUCCCUCAGAUUUGCCUCGUUAGCAGCAUUCAUUCACACCUCCUCUGUCCAACGGGGGAAAACUCCGGCCACGGCAUAGGCCGAGGUAAAUAGUCGCUGAUAUUUCAGCCGGAUGUCUAGCUAGCUAGGUAGCUCAAGGGGCUCUGGCUAUUAGCCAGGUAAGCUAUUAGCCAGGUAAGCUAUUAGCCAGGUAAGCUAUUAGCCAGGUAAGCUAUUAGCCAGGUAAGCUAGUAGCCAGGUAAGCUAGUAGCCAGGUAAGCUAUUAGCCAGGUAAGCUAUUAGCCAGGUAAGCUAUUAGCCAGGUAAGCUAGCUAAACUAGCUGGCUAGAAGGAUAAAGUUAGAAGCUAACAUUUGAACGGAGCCUCAGAGGGAACAGUUGACCGAAAUGUAUACUAGCUAUAAUCAAAAGAUGGGCGACUCUUGAAGUUCUCGUAAAACAAAACACCUUUUAUUUUAUAGAGAGAGUAGUGAGACACAGUUUUUGAGUCGGGCUGCAAUUGAAGGGGGCAAAGGAGAUACACAGAGAGAGGAAGCAUUGAAGCAAGCAGGGAGAAAGGUUAGUAGUACAGUGGUUCCCAAACUGGGGGUCUGGGACCCACGUGGAGUCCCCUGAAAUGUAGUGAAAUAUAAAGACAAUUUUUAAUAUUUUCAUGUACACCUGAAUGAAAAUAUAAAUGCAACAAUUUCAAAGAUUUGACUGAGUUACAGUUCAUAUAUAUGAAAUCAGUCAACGUCAUCAGUCCGGACUUACCACUCAUGUAUGUAGUGAAACGCGGAUUAUUGAGUAGAACUUGUCAGAGAUGAAUAGUAAGUUAGUUUUGUUUUUUUUCAUGAGUUUGUGGCGAUAUAUACUGCAAUCUGGUGGCGACAUACUGCCAUCUGGUGGCGACAUAUACUGCCAUCUGGUGGCGACAUACUGCCAUCUGGUGGCGACAUAUACUGCCAUCUGGUGGCGACAUAUACUGCCAUCUGGUGGCGACAUACUGCCAUCUGGUGGCGACAUACUGCCAUCUGGUGGCGAUAUACUGCCAUCUGGUGGCGAUAUACUGCCAUCUGGUGGCGAUAUACUGCCAUCUGGUGGCGACAUACUGCCAUCUGGUGGCGACAUACUGCCAUCUGGUGGCGAUAUGUACUGCCAUCUGGUGGCGAUAUGUACUGCCAUCUGGUGGCGAUAUGUACUGCCAUCUGGUGGCGACAUACUGCCAUCUGGUGGCGAUAUGUACUGCCAUCUGGUGGCGAUAUGUACUGCCAUCUGGUGGCGAUAUGUACUGCCAUCUGGUGGUGCCUAGAAACAAUUGCAUAAUAGGAACUAUUACAUAUUGAUGGUCCUUGAAAAUAAAUAUUAGCGCUUGAAAGUCCUAAAAUUUGACUCGCCACAGUCUGUAAGAACCCUGUCUCACACACACACACACACACACACACACACACACCUACACACACACACACCUACACACACACACACCUCCACACACACACUCGCACACCUCCACACACACACUCGCACACCUCCACACACACACUCGCACACCUCCACACACACUCACACACCUCCACACACACACUCGCACACCUCCACACACACACACACUGCAUGCUUGCACAGACACAUGUACAGACACACAUUUUGACGUUCUCUCUCUCUCUCUCUCUCUCUCUCUCUCUCUCUCUUUGUCUCCCUCUCUCUCUGUCUCUCUCUCUCUGUCUCUCUCUCUGUCUCUCUCUCAGGUCUGGGAUACCUGCACCACCUAUAAGUGUCAGAAGACUCUGGAGGGUCAUGAUGGAAUCGUGCUGGCACUGUGUAUACAGGGGUAAGGACACACACACACACACACACACACACACACACACACACAGUUGUCUAAAUGAAAAGGUAUGUGUGUGUAUGUAUUGACUGAUGUAAUCUCUCUCACUCUUCUGUCUAUCCUCCUUUCUCCUCUCUCCUCCUCCCCCUCUCUCCUCCCCCUCUCCUCCCCUCCCCCUCUCCUCCCCCUCUCUCCCCUCCCCCUCUCUCUCCUCUCCUCCCCCUCUCUCCUCUCUCUCCCUCCCCCUCUCUCUCCCCUCCUCCCCCUCUCCCCUCCUCCCCCUCUCCCCUCCCCCCUCCUCCCCCUCUCCCCUCCUCCCCCUCUCCCCUCCUCCUCUCUCCCCCCUCCUCCUCUCUCUCUCUCUCUCUCUCCUCCCCCUCUCUCCUCUCCUCCCCCUCUCUCCUCUCCUCCCCCUCUCCACCUCCUCCCCCUCUCCCUCCUCCCCUCUCCCUCCUCCUCCCCCCCGUUCCCUCUAUCUCUCUCUCUCCUCCCCCUCUCUCCUCCCCCUCUCUCCUCUCCUCCUCCCCCUCUCUCCUCUCCUCCCCCUCUCUCCUCUCUCUCCCCCUCCCCCUCUCUCUCCCCUCCCCCUCUCCCCCCUCCUCCCCCUCUCCCCCUCCUCCUCUCUCCCCCCUCUCUCUCUCUCUCUCCUCCCCUCUCUCUCCUCCUCUCUCUCCUCCCCCUCUCUCUCCUCCCUCUCUCUCUCCUCCCUCUCUCCUCCCCUCCUCUCUCCCCUCCUCCCCUCUCGUCUCUCUCUCUCCUCCCCCUCUCUCUCCUCCCUCUCUCUCCUCCCCCUCUCUCUCCUCCCUCUCUCCUCUCUCUCUCCUCCCCCUCUCUCUCUCCUCCCCCUCUCUCUCCCCUCCUCCUCUCUCUCCUCCCUCCCUGUAGGAACAGACUGUAUAGUGGAUCAGCUGACUGCACCAUCAUAGUGAGUCUGUUCUGACUGCCGUUGUCCCUUAUAAAGGAUCCCGUAUAACCACAAUAACACACCUACAGUCUGACUGUUGUCUCUUAUAAAGGAUCCCGUAUAACCACAAUAACACACCUACAGUCUGACUGUUGUCUCUUAUAAAGGAUCCCAUAUAACCACAAUAACACCCUACAGUCCUGACUGGUUGCCUCGUUAUAAAGGAUCCCAUAUAACCACAAUAACACACCUACAGUCUGACUGGUUGUCUCUUAUAAAGGAUCCCAUAUAACCACAAUAACACCACCUAGUCUGACUGUUGUCUCUUAUAAGGAUCCCAUAUAACCACAAUAACACACCUACAGUCUGACUGUUGUCUCUUAUAAAGGAUCCCAUAUAACCACAAUAACACACCUACAGUCUGACUGUUGUCUCUUAUAAAGGAUCCCAUAUAACCACAAUAACACACCUACAGUCUGACUGUUGUCUCUUAUAAAGGAUCCCAUAUAACCACAAUAACACACCUACAGUCUGACUGUUGUCUCUUAUAAAGGAUCCCGUAUAACCACAAUAACACACCUACAGUCUGACUGUUGUCUCUUAUAAAGGAUCCCGUAUAACCACAAUAACCACCUACAGUCUGACUGUUGUCUCUUAUACAAGGAUCCGUAUAACCACAAUAACCACCUACAGUCUGACUGUUGUCCUCUUAUAAAGGAUCCCAUAUAACCACAAUAACACCCUACAGUCUGACUGCUGUUGUCUCUUAUAAAGGAUCCCAUAUAACCACAAUAACACACCUACAGUCUGACUGUUGUCUCUUAUAAAGGAUCCUGUGUAACCACAAUAACACACCUACAGUCUGACUGUUGUCUCUUAUAAAGGAUCCUUUUUAACCACAAUAACAUGAAUGAACCUGCUGUACUAUACCUAGAUUAGCGGACAGACCUGUAUCUGCGUUGGUGUCCAACACGCCUCUUGUGCGUUCUCUCUUCUCUCUCUGCGUCUCUCUCUCUCUGUCUCUCUCUCUCUCUGUCUCUCUCUCUGUCUCUCUCUGUCUCUCUCUCUCUCUCUCUCUCUCUCUCUGUCUCUCUCUCUGUCUCUCUCUCUGUCUCUUCUUUUUUCGUCUCUCUCUCUGUCUUUCUCUGUCUCUCUCUUCUCUCUGUCUCUCCUCUCUCUCUGUUUCUUCUCUCUUCUCUCUCUCUCUCUCUCUGUCUCUCUCUCUCUGUCCUCUCUUCUCUCUCUCUCUCCUCUCUCUCUCUCUCUCUCUCUGUGUAGGUGUGGGACAUCCAGACCCUGCAGAAGGUGAAUACUAUCCGUGCCCAUGACAACCCCGUAUGCACGCUGGUGUCCUCCCACAACAUGCUGUUCAGCGGAUCCCUCAAGGCCAUCAAGGUAGGACCAAAAGACUAUUUAAAAAUAGACGCCUAG